CGUAGGAGCGCGCGCUGCUUACGUAAAGUGCGUAAACGUGCGUCAGGCAGCAGCAGACACCGAGCUGCAAAAAAAACUGCGCUCUGCCCUGGAAUAGCGCGCCCUGUUUGCGCUAGAACGGGCUGUGCUCAUUCAAUCAAAUGUUCCAGACAAUGGAUUUGCAAGAGGCGCUUUGAUAAGAUUUUGAGGAGACUUUUUACAAUGAGCCCAUAAAUUCUUUGAUCGUCAGACCUCAACAAACAAAAUGGUUCGACUGGAGUUGGAUCAGGUGGUGAUGAGGAGGAUGAAGGAGGAAGAUAUUGAGAUGGUCAAAGCUCUGAUCAAGGAGGGCUGCGAGGGAAAUGAAAACCGCCUGAUUCUACAUAUUCUGACCCGACCGCUCUGCCUGUUCAUUCUGGCUGUCUUCUCCUCCAUCUUGCGUUGCUUGGUUCACUCGUUCAUCUUGGCUCUCGCUAUUCCAGUCUUCCUCCUGAUCGUCUUUCUAAAGAUCACCAUGCCGCGGUCGGUCGGGGUUCUGGGCAGCAGUCGGCCGUCCUGGGACUACGUUGGCAGCGCCUACAGAGACUCACAAGAUGAAACUCUGCCAAACCCGUACUGUCGAAUCAGUGGAAAGACGCCUACAACAAGAAAACUCAGACGUAAAUUAGGAGCCAAAGAGAAGAGCAGUUCAGCAGAGACCAUCAGCCCAGAGCGAGCAGAGGCGGCGGGGCAGGUGUGGGUGGCAGAGUGCGACGGAGAGAUCCAGGGUUGCAUCUUCAGAGAGAACGAAGUGAGACCAGGGAUCAGGCGACUCUGCAGAGUGGUGGUCAGCUCCUGGUACAGACGAGAAGGUUUAGGUCGACUUCUGGUCCAAAGUUUACAGCAGAGAGAGAGAGACACCGGAGCUCACAGGGUUUACGCACAUGUCCCGUAUCCUUCCAAAGUGGGAGAGGUGUUCUUCAGGAAGUUGGGUUUUCGGAUUCUGGGCCAAGAUUCCGAAGAGGAGGAGGAGGACGACAAAGAGAUAGAAUUGGAAACUCCGGAAAGAGGUUUUAUGGGCUACCCGCUCACAAAGGUGUUCUAUAAAGACCUGUGAGGAGAGCGAAAGCGAAAAGACGAAAAGCUGAACCCCAUGAGUACGAAUAAAGUUUUGUUUCAUGAAUGUUUAAGUUAAUGUUUUAUUUAUUUACUUAUUUAUUUAAUCUUAUUUUGUUUGUGAUGGUUGUGUUUUUGUGAUAUUCUUUAAAAUGUAAAACUUUUUUCAUGCAUAUACUGAAAUCUUUCUGUAAAACAUGUUUAAGCCAAAACGCUCUGUGAUUAUUUUGAACUCGUGUGCCAUUGCUGCAUUUGGAGGAUGUGUCUUUUUUAAAUCUGAAGAAUAGAAUAAAGUGUUUGCUGUUUUUGCUGUGUCAGCAGAUGUAA